GCCAUAUUUGCUACGCCGUCGCAAUACACCCUUGGUUCUUGUCGAGGCGAAUGGCAGAGGAUAUUUGCGAGGAUUUUCUCGACUCCAGAUUUUCAAAAAUUUAUCUAUCUAAAUAAGUAUAGUUUUCUCACUUUUUUACCGGCACUAUUAUCCCCGAUUACAAAGGUCUGUUACAAAAGAACUGCGUUAAACAAACCUGCACAAUAUUAUCUUAGUAAGAAAAACUUUUUCCAAACUUCAUUUUCAGACAGUUCGACCCCCGUUGUAAGGAUGGGCAAGGAAAAGAUCCACAUCAACAUCGUGGUCAUAGGACACGUUGACUCCGGCAAGUCGACGACUACCGGUCAUCUGAUUUACAAAUGCGGUGGAAUCGACAAGCGGACUAUCGAGAAGUUUGAAAAAGAGGCUCAAGAAAUGGGAAAGGGUUCCUUCAAGUACGCCUGGGUAUUGGACAAACUGAAGGCGGAACGCGAACGCGGUAUCACCAUAGAUAUAGCUCUGUGGAAAUUCGAAACGGCCAAAUAUUACGUGACAAUUAUCGACGCUCCGGGUCACAGGGAUUUCAUAAAGAACAUGAUCACCGGGACGAGUCAAGCCGACUGCGCGGUGCUGAUAGUAGCCGCUGGCACCGGCGAAUUCGAGGCCGGAAUAUCGAAGAACGGGCAAACCCGGGAGCACGCACUACUCGCGUUCACUCUGGGUGUCAAGCAGCUGAUCGUCGGUGUUAACAAAAUGGAUUCGACCGCACCACCCUACUCGGAAGUCCGUUUCGAAGAGAUAAAGAAGGAGGUGUCGUCGUACAUAAAAAAAAUUGGCUACUACCCAGCUUCCGUAGCGUUUGUUCCGAUAUCCGGAUGGAACGGGGACAACAUGCUCGAACCAUCGCCAAAAAUGCCCUGGUACAAAGGCUGGAAAGUAGAACGUAAGGACGGAAACGCUGAAGGUAAAUGCUUGAUCGAAGCUCUGGACGCCAUUCUACCCCCGUCCCGGCCUACCGACAAAGCUCUUCGUCUGCCGCUUCAGGACGUCUACAAAAUCGGGGGUAUCGGAACGGUCCCGGUCGGCAGAGUCGAGACGGGAAUCUUGAAGCCCGGAAUGGUGGUCACCUUCGCCCCGGCAGCACUCACCACCGAAGUGAAAUCGGUGGAGAUGCACCACGAGGCUCUGACGGAGGCUCUCCCCGGCGACAACGUCGGCUUCAACGUGAAGAACAUCUCCGUCAAGGAAUUACGUCGCGGUUACGUGGCCGGCGAUUCGAAAAAUUCGCCGCCGAGAGGAGCGGCCGAUUUCACCGCCCAAGUGAUCGUCCUGAAUCAUCCGGGGCAAAUAAGUAACGGGUACACGCCCGUACUCGAUUGUCACACCGCGCACAUCGCUUGCAAAUUUGCCGAGAUCAAAGCGAAGUGCGAUCGUCGUACGGGAAAAACGAACGAGGAAAAUCCGAAGAGCAUCAAAAGCGGGGACGCUGCCAUCGUGAUGUUACAGCCGAGUAAGCCGAUGUGCGUGGAAGCUUUUCAAGAAUUUCCGCCACUCGGACGUUUCGCUGUACGCGACAUGCGUCAAACCGUUGCCGUCGGGGUGAUCAAGAGCGUCAACUUCAAGGAUACCCAAGGGAAGGUAACAAAGGCCGCGGAGAAGGCCCAGAAGAAAAAGUAACCAUCAAAUUUCCUCGGAAGGUCGCUGCGGUUAGUUGGCUGGUGUCCUUCGAGAGUGCCGAGGCGACCGUACUGCAGGGCUCAAUUUUUAACGACGACUCCAUUAAACCCAUACUCGUAUAAUACAAAAUUUGGAAAAAUGUGCUUAUACAUACCCCCGUUACAUUACCCGGUAGUAUUGAACCCACGUAUUUAUCCCAACUUACAUAUUCAGUUCACCCACGCCCCGCGCACACCCCACAUAUGCUAGGAUAUCUUACGCGACGAAUUGUUUCUCAUUAAAUUCGUAUGUACUGAAUUCGUGAAUACUCAGUUAUCGAACUCCGUAGUUAGGUUCUUAAACCAUAUAUAUAAUUGGGAUCUGUUUAUUUGUACAACAUUCGUAACGAAGCAACCGCGUCAUAUUAAUAGGUUGCAAAAAUCGUUUUUUUAACAUUCUCGUUUCGAUUAUUAUUUUCAUUAUCAUGUACGACCCAAUGACAUCAAGUUGAAUUUUAAAUCGUGAAAAACCGCGCUCUCGCAUACCGUAGAGUUUCAACAUUGAUCGUGGAUAUUAUGAACAGCAAUUAAAUAUCGAAUGAUGAGGAGAAAAAAAAAGAAAAGAAUAAUAAUCGCGACCAUCCCGGAUCCCCUAUUAAUUAAUAUGUAAUACCGAUCACGUAUUCUGCGGUAAAUUUGUUAAGGCUGACUCGUUUGAUAAGUUGGUUGCGUAGCAGCUAUUAACAUUAUUACAAUUAUUUUGAGAUAUUUAUCCAACGUUAUAUUGUAGACCUAUUUAGAUCACCCCCGAUAUUUUGAUAACUUUUUUCAAUCUAGAAACUCAAUCCCUCCCUAAUUCUACGAAAGGUCUUCAGAGCAUCCCCCUAAUCCAUGGUGCUCGGCACUUCCAUUGCCGAUCGAUUGUUUUUAUCCUUGAAUAAAUAUUUAGUUGGUGUAAUAAAGAAAAAUUUUAAUUGCACAAAAAAUAAAAAAUUUCUUCUCUCUCCAAC